AUGUCGGCGCCCACUCAAGAGCCACACGAGGCGUUGGCUGCCGAUACCUUUAACGACAGCGACUCGAGUUUCUCAGGCACCGAGUCAGAAAGUCUAGAGUCACUUAGGUCAAGCGUCUUACGCUUCCAAGAAGAAAAUGGAAGAACUUACCAUGCCAUGAGUUCUGGAAAAUACAACUUUCCCAACGAUGCGUCUGAAAGCGAUCGUCUUGAUCUUCAGCAUAAUCUCUGGCUACUCACUCUUCACGGGGAACUCGGCCUCAGCCCAAAGAUCAAGGAAUCCGCCAAACGAGUCAUGGAUGUUGGCACUGGAACCGGCAUUUGGGCUAUCGAAUAUGCCGACCUUCAUCCCGAAGCUCAGGUCGUCGGUGUAGACCUUAGCCCUAUCCAACCUUCAUUGGUCCCACCGAACUGCACCUUUGAGAUUGAUGAUCUCGAAAAAGAGUGGAUGUGGACAGAGCCAUUCGACUUUAUCUUCUGCCGCGUCAUGACAGGAUCCUUCGCCGAUAUGGAGAAGUUCGUUCAAAACGCCUACGAUAAUCUCGAACCCGGCGGCUAUCUCGAAAUGCAAGACCUAACCUACCCCAUCGCCUGCGAUGACGGAACCCUCCCCCCAGACUGCGAAGUUCUCCGCUCAGGUCUUCUCAGCAUCGAAGCCAGCGCCAAAGCAGGAAGAGCCAUUAAUCUUGCUCCCAAGUACAAGAGCUUCCUUGAAAAGGCUGGAUUUGUUGAUGUGAUGGAGAAGCAGUUCAAGUGGCCUAUUAACGAAUGGCCCAAGGACAAGCACUACAAGGAAUUGGGAAAGUGGUCUUAUGCUAACAUCAACAAUGGUUUGGAAGGUUUGCUGCUUGGAUUGUUUACGAGGUUCUUGGGCUGGAGUGCGGAUGAGGUUCGUGUGUUCUGCAGUGCGAUGAGAAAGCAGCUUCGCGAUCGAAGUAUUCAUGCGUACAUCCCGGUGUAA